AUGGGUCGUAGCGUUGGACGCGAGGUCAUCUCUAUCCAUGUCGGCCAAGCCGGCGUUCAGAUGGGCAACGCGUGCUGGGAGCUGUACUGCCUGGAGCACGGUCUGGCCCCAGACGGGAGGGCCUGGGAUGAGAGUGGACCUGACGAUGACUCCUUCAACACGUUCUUCUCGGAAACGCACUCCGGAAAACAUGUCCCGAGAGCAAUUAUGAUCGAUUUGGAACCGACACCAAUCGAUGAAAUUCGCACCGGAACCUAUCGUCACCUAUUCCACCCCGAACAAAUGAUUACCGGAAAGGAAGAUGCUGCGAAUAACUACGCUAGAGGCCACUAUACGAUCGGCAAAGAAAUUAUUGACGUGUGUAUGGAAAGAGUAAGGCGUCUGGUAGAACGCUGCAAGGGCCUUCAGGGUUUUCUCGUGUUCCACUCUUUCGGCGGAGGUACCGGAUCCGGAUUCACGGCCCUGUUAAUGGAACGCCUAUCAGUGGAUUAUGGAAAGAAGAGCAAGCUGGAAUUUUGUAUCUACCCUGCUCCUCAAGUAUCCACAGCCAUGGUAGAACCCUACAACUCAAUCCUAACAACGCACACCACUCUUGAACAUUCCGAUUGUUCUUUUAUGGUUGAUAACGAGGCGAUAUACGAUAUCUGCAAACGAAAUCUGGACAUGCAACGCCCAACUUAUACAAAUUUAAACAGGCUUAUUGCUCAGGUAAUCAGCUCUGUCACAGCCUCACUGCGUUUCGAUGGUGCGCUGAAUGUGGACUUGACGGAAUUUCAGACAAAUCUCGUACCCUACCCAAGGAUUCAUUUCCCUUUAACGACCUACGCUCCGAUUUUGUCAGCGGAAAAGGCUUUUCAUGAACAAAUGACGGUAGCCGAAAUCACACAGCAAUGCUUCGAGCCGGGCGCCCAGAUGGUCAAAUGCGAUCCGAGGCAUGGAAAAUAUAUGGCGUGCUGUCUACUCUAUCGAGGUGAUGUCGUGCCAAAAGACGUCAACGCAGCCAUCGCCCAUGUCAAAACCAAGCGAACUAUCCAAUUCGUUGAAUGGUGCCCGACUGGAUUUAAGGUCGGAAUCAACUACCAGCCCCCAACCGUCGUCCCGGGCUCGGAAUUGGCAAAGCUGCAACGAGCCGUCUGCAUGCUCUCAAAUACGACGGCAAUCGCUGAAGCCUGGGCAAGACUGGAUCACAAAUUCGACCUCAUGUAUUCAAAACGAGCGUUUGUACAUUGGUAUGUUGGUGAAGGUAUGGAAGAAGGUGAAUUCUCGGAAGCUCGCGAAGACUUGGCAGCUCUUGAAAAGGACUACGAAGAAGUGGGCCUCGACACUCAAUCCAGCCAGGAAUUCGACGACCCCGAAGAUCAUGUGGAAUAU